AUCUUAAAAUCAGAAUAAAGUAGAGAUAUUUAACACAAAAUAUAAUAUCAUGUAUUCUAUAAAUUAAUAUAGGUGUUUAAAUUUCCGACGAUCAUUUGGAUAUUUUAAUAAUAAAAUAAAAUUUAACAAAGAUGAUGGGAGGUUGGGCAGUAGUAGAAGUCGAAGCAAGACAUCAUAAUGUCUUAGCAGUCGUACAUCAUGGUAUUAAUCAGCAUUUGGGAUCUAAUCAUCAAACCUUUACAAUCAUUGAAGUACGUCACUAAGUUGUUGCUGGAACAAACUAUUAAUUCAUAGUAGAAACAGAAGAUCACAAGAGAAUUUAAGUGAAAGUAUUUGAACCAUUACCACAUACAAAUCAACCAGCUCACGUAACAGCAGCUGUAUAUUUGUGAUUCCAUAAAUAUAUUAUAUAC